ACAGAUAGGCGACCCACCGACAACAUUUGGACACUAUUUAACUUUAUCGGGACCACCCAGCCUCUGUUUGGUCCUCUCUAUUCACACAAUGCCACCUUUAACUGUGCGCCAGCGGGACGACCAAUGCGUUUUAAUGGCUGAGGAGCGGAAGUGAGAGAAGGGGGAAGUUGUGAGGGGAUAUAGGAAAAAUAAACCCCUAAAAAGUGAUUUUCCUGAGUCAAGUUCAAGUCAAAUUUCGUUCUUCUAGAGGAAGGAGUUGUCCUGGAGAGUUUGGGGACAUGGACACCCACAUUAAGGAGGGACAACUUUAUGUGCAGCAUCAAAAGUUUGGAAAGAAAUGGAAGAAGAACUGGUUCGUCCUCUACCCCGCCAGCCAAAACGGCAUCGCCCGCCUCGAGUUCUACGACGCCCCCUCGGGCGGAGGUGGCGGCUCCAGCGGAGUCUCUGGAAGUGGGUCGAAUGAGAAAACCAGGAAGCUUGACAAGAAGAUCAUCCGCUUGUCUGAGUGCAUUUCCAUCCUGCCGUCGCUGACGGAGAGCUGUCCCAAAGACAACAUGGCUGCUUUCUGCGUGGAGACCAAUGACAAGACGCACGUGUUUGCUGCAGAGAAGAACACCGCCAAGGACUGGAUGGAUACCAUGUGUGACAUUGCAUUUCAGGGAGGAGGCGGCACCAGCACCAGUCCCACUACAGACUCUAAUGGAGGAGCCCAGGACCUGCAGAUGUCUGAAAACCUCAUCUACUAUUCCAGGGAGGAGGUGAACGAGUUCUGGGUGAGCGUCCAGCGUACCGAGGCGUCAGAUCGCUGUCAGCUGGCGGGCAGCUACUGGCUGAAAGCGGAAAAGGACACUUUAAUCCUGAAGGAUCCAAAGACCAAGAGGAAAAUUCUCGUGUGGCCCUACAAGCUGCUGAGGAGAUACGGGCGAGACCGGGUGAUGUUUUCGUUUGAAGCAGGCCGUCGCUGCGACUCAGGUCCCGGUAACUUCACCUUCGACACCAUGCAAGGCAACGAGAUCUUCAUGCUGGUGGACCAGGCCAUCCAGUCGCAGAAGGCACUGGCUGAGGAGCGCCACCUCAGCUGCCCCAACAACUUUGAUCCAGACAUCCCUUCGUCACUGCAGCACAUACGUAACGCCGUUCCAAGCAGCGUAACAGCAGGGAGCGGAGACAGCAGCAGCUGCAGCAGUCGGGAGGCAGACGGCGAUUCAGGCGGCAGCAAACCGGGCUCUGCUGACGGUGUGUUAGGGAAGAGAGAGGGUGGAGAUGGAGGAGGAGGAGGAAGGGGGCAAGGGACAACAGGAGGACUCAAGGGGAGGAGUUUACCAGAACCACCAGCCAUGCUGGGGGUUUUGGGAGGUGCCCCUCAAAAGGCUCCCAGGGGGCAGAAAGCUCUUUCCCCAGCUGAUGAACAGGCAGGUCUUUAUUCUGAGCCCGCAGACUCAGUCCGCCUGCCUCUGCUCAUCGCCGACUCCCUCUACUCCGACCCCGUGGACAGCAUCAAAGGUCAAAGCAAAACCAGCAACCCAUCCACCCCUCCUGUGCCCACCCCACGCGUCCGACCUGUCGGAGACGAGGCUCUGGGAGGUGGCGAUCAUCACCUCGGAGGCAGCAACCACAGGAAGCCACCAGACCUGUACUCGCAUGUAUACGACCGGAUCAGCCUGGAGCUGAGCCAGAAAACGAGUGCGCUGGGUCUGAACGGGGCUACAGGUGGAGGAAGAGGGGUGAACAGUAACAGACGACCCCCAGGAGGUCAGGCAGAAGGGGCUUCCUCCCCUCCUGCUUCUCGUCCGGAGCACAUAUACGAUGAACCCGAGGGUUGCGCCAAAGGAGGCACCAGCAUGCCCGCUAGUAUUUAUGACGAGGCCCGUUUGGAACCCCACAGCCAGAAGAGACAGGAAGAGGUGGCGGCCCCGUCAGGACCGGAGGGAAAUUACAGCACCCCCUCCUACGGAAAGCCAUCAGAGUCCCACAGACACUCUCCUCCACAGCCUGGCCCGAGCCGCGGCACACCUCUGGGCCCGAGGUGGCCCAAACCAAUAACCGCGCCCAAGCCCGGCAGAGCUGCAUUUACUCGGAAGGAGCCGGUGCCUCUGCCUCCUGGGAAACAUGGAGGUCCUGGCAGUAAUGUGAACAAUAACAACAAUCUUUGGGGAGGACGAGACGGGGGGAGGGAGCUGUACAGCAAAGUGUCCAAGCCUCCAUCUGCGAAUUUGUGGUAUAAUCAGCAACACCAGGCGCCUCUAAGAUCACCAGAUAUCAUCUAUGACAACUUGGGAGAUGUUUGACAUCUUUGUUUUGCUUCAGCAAAUGAAAUGUUUUGUGAAAAGAGAAGUGCUAAUGCAGAAAACUUGGUUGAUGCCUUUAUUGUUGCAGUUUUCGUAGGGACGAAGCACAUUUCUUCCAUCUGUGGACUGGCAUAAUUAUUUGAGACGGUGGAUUCAUUCGGAGUAGAUUAGCUCACAACUAUGAGAAAACCACAUUACGGCUGCAUUAUGAAAUGGAGUGCAGUUAUUGUAGGGCCACCCUCUGUGUGUGUGUGUGUUUGAGAAUGAGAGAGUGAGUGUUUGCAUGGUCAAACCCAUAACUGGAGUACCAAGCCACAGUGUGGUUGGAGCCAGCCACUUCACUUGAACACACACACACACAGAACCGUUUAGAUUUGCCAGGAGGAGCCCAGGCUACAGGCCUCACUUUAACAAGCCGAGAGAGCGGCUUGGCUCUUCUUUUAUAAAAUGUCUGCCGAGCUUAUGAAGUGACUGGGAAACAUGUUUUUGCACUGCUUAGGAUUGGAGUAUCUUUGAGGCGAGGACUUUACCAAAAGGAGCUGAUCUUUUUCUGUUUGUGCUUUCUGGACUGACCCAGGACACUAAUAUGUAACAAAGUUGCAUCUUAGGGUCCACUGAAUAGAAAAAACAUUGUUGCUACUGUUUGGAGGAAGCAUGGAAAGUGGAACUUUAAGACUGGGGAACAGACCAUAGGUCAUGGGGGCACAUGGACAACAUGUGGUCAAUAAAUUACAGAGCCGACUUCCUGCACAAGAUAAUAUUAUUGAAUCCUUUAUGUUUCUUUGAACAGACAACUAAAUAUGAAACUAAUCAAUCCCCUGCAAUGUGUCAGUGUGUGUAUGUGUGUCAGAAACAGCUGUGCUGUCUGUAAAUAUAACUAUUAAUAAAAAUGGCUCCAAAAAUGUAAAAUAUUUCUCCAUAGUGGAUCUGUUAAUAAGAAAACCUGUUACUUGCUACAUCACAACUUCCCCUCAGUGUGUUUGUCCCAUCAGGAGCCAAUCAGACAAAGUUUUUAGUGUUUCAAAGGCUUUCUGUUCUGGACCAAACGGGACAGUAAAACAGUCUGACCUCAUCCUCCGCUUCCCUCCCUCUGCCACGCUCUGUUUUUGUUGUUUCACUCGGUUUCCAACCACUUAAUCACACCGUUAAAAGUUGAGCCUUGAAAAAAGAAGCAAAGACUUUCUUUCUUUCUUGUCUUUCUUCCUUCCUUUCUCCCUCUCUGCAUUAUAUCUGUUGUUCUGUUGCUGUGGUGACAGUUAAUGGCGGCUGGUUUGUGUCGGACACGCUGUGCAUUUUAACUG